UGAUCUGUUUUUCUUUUUGGCAGAUUCUCGGCCGGGUUGUGAGAUGAUGGGACUGGGCAGCGGGCGUCGAAGCAUGAAGUCGCCGCCGCUGGUGCUGGCUGCCCUGGUGGCCUGCAUCAUCGUCUUGGGCUUCAACUACUGGAUCGCCAGCUCCCGCAGCACGGACCUCCAGACACGAAUCAUGGAGCUGGAAGGCAGGGUCCGCAGGGCCGCUGCAGAGAGGGGAGCCGUGGAGCUGAAGAAGAAUGAGUUCCAGGGCGAACUGGAGAAGCAACGAGAGCAACUUGACAAAAUCCAGUCCAGCCACAACUUUCAGAUGGAGAGCGUCAACAAGUUAUACCAGGACGAAAAGGCGGUUUUAAUGAAUAACAUCACCAGUGGUGAGAGGCUCAUCAGAAGCCUGCAAGACCAGUUGAAAGCCCUGCAGAAGAACUACGGCAAGCUGCAGCAGGACGUCCUCCAGUUUCAGAAGAACCAGACCAACCUGGAGAGAAAGUUUUCCUAUGACCUGAGCCAGUGCAUCAAUCAGAUAAAAGAGGUGAAGGAACAGUGUGAAGAGCGAAUAGAAGAAGUCACUAAAAAGGGAUAUGAAGCUUCCAGAGAUCUGAGUGAAAAGAGAGAUCAAAGCCAGCAGCUUCGAGCCCCCAGUGAGCCUCAGCCCAGGCUGCAGGAGGCAGGCCUUCCACAGGCAGAGGUGCCACAAGUGAAAGGAAAGGUGCCUGUCAAUGGCGAGCCCCAAACACCUGCCCCCAGUUCUGACGUGGCUCUGGAUUUGAAGAGACAAAGUGAGAAAGGCACAGCAGAAAUCAACAAGAUUCAGGUCAUCAGUGCGGAGGAACUUCCGAGGGACAGCCUGAAGCUGCUGCAGGAGCCAGGCCGAGGGCGAGCCAUGGAAGACAACAGACAAGUGGGUGAAAGGGGUGUUGGAGAAGCUGGUGAUACUGGCCAGACCCCACAGGUUCCAGCUGUCCUAUUGGCAAGCCAGGAAGAUCAGGAGACAGAGGGCCCUGAGCGGGCCCAGCUGGUCAUCCGGGAUGGCCAGGAGCAGCAGGAUGCUGAGGACAUGGGUAAGCGGCUCCUCUGCUGCCCACUGACCCCCUUCAUCCCAGUCUCUUUCUGA